GAUUCCAACUACUUUCCCUAGCUUCCUUCUUUGACCAUAACACUAUCCCUAACCUAAACCCCUCUUUCACCUUACAAUCCUCAACACUCUGUUCUUUCGAUUUAAUUUCCUCUCUUUCUAUUUUGGGUUUUUUGGUUCCACAACCUAAUCUACGAUCCUCAUACCUAGAUGUUCGAUCGUAUUAUGUAGUUGUGGGGUUUUGGUUACACUUCUUAUUGAUUCGAAAAGUUUGGGCGUUCUCAUUUGGUGUUGGAGAUUUGAUUUCUCUAAUUAGGGUUUUUUAAUUCCGCAACUCGUUCGCCGAUUCCGAUUAUCUGAAGGCUUGAUUUGUUUAUUAUAGUUGUGGGUUUUCGGUUUUGGUUGAGAAAGUUUCGGUUUUGGGUGUUGGGUAAUCGAGGGCUCUUCUUCUCUGUGUUCUGAUCGAGGAUGGGUGCGGUUUCGGAAUCUGCUUCUGCUGAUUGUUUCAGUGAGGUGAUGUCGUCGAUGCCCGGUUUUCGGUUCCAUCCCACAGAUGAGGAGCUGGUGAUGUACUUUCUGAAAAGAAAGAUUUGUGGGAAGAAGUUGAAGUUCAACGUGAUUUGUGAAACUGACGUGUACAAGUGGGAUCCUGAGGAUUUGCCUGGACAAUCUUUUCUGAAAACUGGAGAUAGGGUAUGGUUCUUUUUCUGUCAUAGAGAUAGGAAGUAUCCUAAUGGUGCGAGGUCUAACCGAGCAACAAGGCAUGGCUACUGGAAAGCAACAGGAAAGGAUCGAAAUAUCAUAUUCAAUUCUCGUUCUGUUGGAGUAAAAAAGACACUAGUUUUCUAUGUAGGCAGAGCUCCUAAUGGUGAGCGAACUGACUGGGUUAUGCAUGAAUAUACCAUGGAUGAAGAGGAGCUUAAAAGAUGCCGUGAUGUUAAGGACUAUUAUGCACUUUACAAGGUUUUCAAGAAAAGUGGACCUGGUCCUAAAAAUGGUGAACAAUAUGGUGCACCAUUUAAAGAAGAAGAUUGGGCAGAUGAUGAUGAUGUAGCUUUUAAAAUUAAUUCACCUGAGAAGGAGGCUCCAAAUGCUGUUAUUGAUCCUCUAAAUGGUCAGAUGCAGCCGUUGUUUGACGAUGAAAUUGAUGAAAUCAUUAAAGAGAUUUUUGAUGUUGAGCCUGUCCCUGACCAGCAAUAUGUGAAUGGAUAUGUUGACUUUCCUCAGGUUGUUGGUGAAGAAACACAAAGUAUGAUCCUGGGUCAGUUCUCUGAGGCCGUGAUAUUCCCGGAGGCAAGUGGAGAAUUACAAUCUUGCAGUCAGUAUUAUGAUGUGCAGCCCAGCUUUGACUUCAAUCAAUCAAUUGCUUCUCCCUUGCAUUUUUCUGAAUCACCUGAGCUCGCUUCUGCUCCCGACAUUGAAAGUGACUUUCAAGAGGACGGCUUCUUGGAAAUCAACGACCUCAUUGACACUGAACCUACAUUUUCAAAUACCGAAAAGCCUGUGGAGAACCUCCAAUUUGAAGAUGGGUUAAGUGAAUUUGAUCUGCACCAAGAUGGAGAGAUGCUUCUCCGUGAGCUGGGGCCUGUUACCGGCGAACCAGUUUCUCGUGCAUAUAUGAAUAACAUUGGCAACAAUAUUGAAAAUCAGAGUUACCAGCUGACGCCUUAUCCAGAAGACACCAAUCAAAUGGUUGAUGAAUUCUGGAUGCAUUUUGAAAGAAAUACCCUGAGUCCAGCCGAAGGCUAUGCUGAUUCUUUCUCUCUAACAAAUCCAGGUGUUGUUUGUGAUUCUGUCAGCUUUCCUUCUGAAAGCACUGAAAAUCGAAGAAGCACUGUGGAAGAUGUUAGUACUACAAGUAGAUUCUCCUCUGCUCUUUGGGCUUUUGUUGAGUCGAUACCUACCACUCCUGCAUCAGCUGCUGAAAAUCCUUUGGUGGGUCGGGCUUUGAAUCGAAUGUCUAGCUUCAGCAGGGUGAAGAUCAAGCCAACCAAUAUUGCUGCAGGUAAUGACACUGCAACUGUGAAGAGAGCAGGCAGAAAGGGAGUCUCAUUCCUUUUCUUCCCGAUUCUUAUUGCUUUAUGUGCAUUCUUGUGGGUUUCUAUUGGAAAUUUAAGACUACUAGGGAGAUGCAUCUCGCCUUGAAUAUGUAAAUCCAAAGUUUUGCUGCUAUAUAUAUAUAUAUUGUCUGAGAUCUCCUCAGAAUUACUGAAAGCAGUAGUACAAUACUAACAUAUUCUGAAAAUAAAAAUAUCUUUUUUUCUUCUGUGAAUAUUGAACUCAAAGUAAGGUUUAGAGUAAAGCCAUAUUCAGCCUCUAUUUCAAGAGUAGGGGCAUGUGUGGGAAUUAGAAACAUAAUUCACAAAUCUCCCCUAGUCACCUUACUUGUCUAAUCUUAUUUUUGUUUGCUUUUUAUGGGUCCCAUGUAAUAUCAUAAUUUGAUUUUUAUGGAGCGCACUCACUUUGGAGAAUGAUUGUACAGGGAUAAGAUCAAAUUUUGUGAAAUAUGUACAUAGAUAUGUAUCUAUAUAUAUGCUAUAUUUGUAUUCAUCUCUCAUUGGUAAUAACGUCUGCAGCAUUAGGAUUAUAUUGUUUUUUCAUUACUUUCCUAUGUAAAAAUUAAAAUGUUGUAUCUCGACUUCACUAAUGUGUAAGUGAUGAGUGAAGAGUUCUGUUAUUAUGGUGUUAUAAUGGUGGUGCUCAAAGUCCAAAUGAGGAUGAUUUGAAAGACGGUCAAGACAGUGCGCAUACGGGACAAAAGAAAUUAGUUUUGCUCCUUGCGACGUAUAUCAUUGGAUGUCCUUGUAGUUUUGCUUGCAAGAAUAUGUAAUGUACCUAAGAACAAAAUUAUCCUGCUAUUAUCUUUUAGAUCAUCCUGCAA